AUGCGAAGUUCUAGACUUUUCGCAGCGGCUGCCUUUGUAGCUAGCCACGCCAUCCACGUCUCCGCGGCUGACAUCAGUCCGACAGAGCCUGCCAACUUCAAUGUUGUCGAUGCGCUUCAGGAGCUAGGCAUUGUAGUUUCCGAGAUUCCAAACCUGUCCGGCUUCAACAAGAGGUCAGAGAUAGGUUGCUCUGCUGCGUGUGGCACCUUGAAGUUUGUCUAUGGCGAUGAUGCUGUCGAAACGAGGAAUGAAUCUGCAUACACUGAGUUCGUCAGCUCAUACUGGUCUGGGAAUCAAGCCCAGGUUAGCCCUUAUUGUGUCUUCAAGCCGUCGAGGCCGGACCAGGUAUCUGUCGUGGUUCUACUCUCCCGUCUUACGCAGUGCCCAUUCGCUGCCAAAAGCGGUGGCCACGCUGCAAUGGCCGGCGCAUCCAACGCUCAGGAUGGCAUCACCAUCUCUUUCCAGAAUAUGAAGAGCAUCUCGCUGUCUGUCGAUAAGAAGAUUGCCUCGAUCCAACCAGGUAACAUCUGGGGCGAUGUCUACCGGGAGCUCACAAAGUCUGAUCUCAAUGUUAUUGGUGGUCGGAUAUACGACAUCGGUGUUGGAGGGCUUACUACUGGAGGCGGCAUUUCGUACUUCUCUAACCUUUACGGCUGGGCCUGUGAUAACGUCGAAAGCUACGAUGUCGUCACCGCCACAGGUGUUAUAAUCCGAGCAUCGGCCACCCAGUUCCCUGACCUGUACUGGGCCCUACGCGGCGGCGGCAACAACUUUGGCCUCGUCGUGAGCUUCAACCUCCGGACCAUCUCGCUUCCAGGCGGCAAGAUGUGGGGUGGUUCCCGGACCUACCUCGAAGAUUCAUUCCCUGCGCUCUCUGGGGCUUACGCCAACUUCAUUGCCAACGCGGAAAAGGACCCCAAGGCCGGGUUGUGGCACGUAUACGCCUACUACAACGGCACCAAGCUCUCUCUUCCGACACUCUAUUACGCUGAGCCGGACGGCGGAGAGGCCGACAUCUUUUCCGAAUGGAACACUAUUCCUGCCAUCUCGGAUACGACGCAGAACCGAAUCAUCGCUGACUGGGCUGCGAAAGGAGCCGAGGAUUCACCGCCGGGCCCGCGAGAGAUUUAUGGCGUCAUUAGCAGCGAAGCCGAUAAGGAACUCGUUGAUGCCGCGCAAGAAAUCUACUUUGAAGAGGUCCUUGCCGUGACGGAUCUGCCCGGCGUUAUUCCCUCUCUCGUGUUCCAGGGCAUCACUGUUCCGAUGCUGAAGCACAUGCAGCAGAACGGGGGCAAUGCGCUGGGUCUUGAUGUCGAAGAUGGCCCGUUCUAUAUUAUUCAGUUAGCCGUCAUGUGGAGCAAUGAAGAGGACGAUGAUGCGAUUUACUCUUUCACGUCAACCGUUCUGAAAAGGAUCAACGAUGAAGCCAAGGCGCGGGGGGUGGCGAACGACUACAUCUACAUGAACUACGCUGCGCAGUUCCAGGAUGUUAUCAGUGGAUACGGCGCGGAGAAUAAGGCUAAGCUCAAGAGCAUCGCGAAGAAGUAUGAUCCCAAGGAGGUUUUCCAGAAGCUACAGCCUGGGUAUUUCAAGCUGGACCGGGCCCCAGUUCCGAGUUCCAAGUACUUCAACUGGUAG